AUCCUAAAAAAAGAGUUUUAUUAAACUUUUGCAUUUUUCUUUUUGUUCAAAAUGGUGAUGAUCAGAGAAUUAAGAAUUGUUAUGCCAAUGUCAUUAGAAGAGUAUGAGGUGGGCAUGAUUUACACAAUAAUGAAGAUGGAGCAAGAGAACUUAACAAGUAGAGAAGGAGUGGAGGUUUUGGAGAACUUAUGUUUUGAAGAUGAUAUGCUUGGAAAUGGCCAAUAUACUUCAAAAAUUUAUCAUCUCCAAAGUAAACUUCCUACAUGGUUGAAAACUUUUGCACCAAAAAGCUCUCUCAAGAUUCAAGAGGAAUCAUGGAAUGCAUAUCCAAAAUCCAAAACAGUGAUCAAGAGCUCAUGCUUCAAUCAAUGUUUGUUGACAGUUGAGACUAUAAACAAGCCUGAUAAUGGAUGCUCUGAGAAUGUGUUCGGCUUAAGCGAUGAGCUUAUUGCUGUUAGAAAGUUGGAGGUUCUAGACAUUAAUUCAGUCGAAAAAGAUUAUUGGAGUAAAAUUAUCAGUAUGAAGAAGAUAGACUUUUCUGCAUUCGAAUCAAAGCGAACCGGACGUGGUCCGCUAUUGAAAGGAUGGCAGAAUACAUGCAAACCGGUAAUGACUGCAUACAAGUUAGUAACUGUGGAUGCUCCAAUUUGGGGAUUCGGCAAUCGCCUCGAAGAAACAAUUCAAGCGGCUCAAAGGGCACUGCUCUUAGAAUCCCAUAGGCUGUGUUUCAUGCAGAUUGACAAAUGGUUUGGCAUGACCAUGCAUCAAAUAAGUGAUACCGAAAAAGACGAUGAUUUACAAGCAGUUUUCACAGCGCAAAAACGAUAACUCU